GCGUUCAUGAUCGUAGCUUUGCAGAAAGAGGUCUGACAAUGCCACUCACAUUUGACCAAAUGUGGUUUGCCCUUUCUGCUUUUGGUAUCCAAUGCACAUUUCGGGCUCAAACUAAAUAGGGGCCAGGUGUCCCUUCUGGUGCCAAAAUGAAGUUCUGCAGCGCGCUGCUGCUGUACAGCUGCUUGGCUUGGACCCAGGCAGAGGAACCGGAGAGCCGCUUUGCUCUUGUUAUCAGCACCCUCGAGGACAUUGUCAAGAACAUUGAUAAUCAGUCGAAGAGAGAGGAAAUUGCCUUCACCGAGUUCAAGGCCUGGUGUGCUUCUGAGAUUGAUGGGCUCACUACUGGGUCUGAAAAAGCAAAGCUGAGCUCGGAGAAGGCCUUUGUCAAGCUCCGUGAGCUCACAGCGUCCAUUUCUGCUCUGGAGCAUAGCAUUGGCUCUUUAGACAACGAUGUGAAAGAGCUCCAGGACGCACAAGAUCAGAUGAGCAGCAUCCGUGAGGAAGAAGCGUCAAAGUACACAGAAGAGGUUGAGCUCAACACCCAGUCCUCUCGAACUGUCGACAAGGCUUUGUCCAAGAUCUCUGGCUCCAAGACUGCAUUCUUGCAGAGGCAAAGUCUUGAGCCAGAUAGCGGAUAUGUGGUUGGCUUGCUCAAAGGUAUCAAGGAGCGCCUCAAUGAGACGCGGUCGGAGUUAGACCUAACAGAAGAAGCCAAAAGAAAGACCCAUGCGAGCCUGUUCAAGGCCAAAAAGGACCAAGCAUCUGUUUUGCAGAAUGAGGUGCUCACCAAGACCUUACAGCUCCAACAAGCUCGGGUGGAAUUGAUCGAGGCUCAACGCAUCUACGACGAAGAGCAGGACUCGAGCAAGGAUAUGUUCCGCAUGAAGGGGGAGACUGCACAAAAAUGUGAUGCAAAGACUGGCGAGUACAACAUCCGCAAAGAAGACCAGAAGAAAGAGAGAGAGGCAAUCGUGGAGGCAACUGCCUUGUUGAAGCAAGAGGAGGCAGGUAGGCAAAAUGCAGCCGGGGCAACAUCUUUCUUGCAGGUAGUCUCCAAAAAGCGAGACGUAUCCGGCAAGAAGGACCUGGUAAGGAAAGCCGUAGCCCUGAUGCAACACCAAACCAAGGAAAAGGCAAAGGGUAUGGACAAAGCCGCAGAGGCAGUGCUGGGCUUGGUCGAGGCGAUCCGCAAUCACCAGACAGAGGAUACUAAGAGGAAGCACUUUUGUGAGUUCCAGAUUGAUGAGAAUGAGGAUGCCAAGAGAAAGCUGGCUGGCGAAGUGGCCCGAUUGAAGGCUCGAGAAGACUAUUUGAGCUCAGAGACCAUGAGCCUGAGCAAAGAGGUGGACACAUUGAAGAAAGAAGCAGCGACCUUUACGGAGCGCUUGACACAAUUUGAGGAGGCUCGAUCAAAGGAGCAGGAAUCCUACCGAGCAUCCACAAGAGAUCGUGGCCUCACGAUCAAAGUCGUGCAGAAGGCGAAAUCCAUUGUGGAAGGCUUCUACAAAUCCAAUGACCCCACAUCUCUUUUUGAGCAAAAGGCUGAGCCCAAAGAAACGUGGAGGUUGGGACGCUCCAGGAACGGUGGUCUUGGCUCCAGUGUGAUUGCGAUGCUCGACACCAUCGUUUCAGACUUUAAGAAGGAACAGGCUGAUGCAGACCAAGCGGAGCAGGCUUCUGCGGAGGAGCUUGACAAGGUGCGAAGCGACACAAAGUCCCUCUUCGACAAGAAACUUGAGCAUGUCUCCAAGCUUCUGCAGGAGAAAGCCCGUGAUGCGCAGGAGUUGAGUCAAGUGAAGGCGGAUGCCGAGCUGAAGACGGCGUCUCUGUCCGCCACUGAAGAUGCUCUGUCAAAGCUGGGCAGUGAUUGCACCAGCUUGCUAGCAACCUAUGAGAAGUUGACAGAUGAGCGGCGGAAGCAGAUCUUGCAGCUUCAGGAUGUGGCCGACAUCCUCUCGGGUGCCACCGUGGGUUCGCGGACGGGCCUCAAUGCGGGGCUGUUGGAGCUGCAGUCCUUGGAUGCUGAGGACGAUUAAGGAGCUUUAGGUUGUUUCACCGCUGAGAAGAUCUCCAGCGUGAGGAAAAGUGUG